CCGCCGAAUGUGGGUGCACACACGAAGAGCGGCGAAACAUUUUCAUAUAAAAGCUAAUGGACGGACCGACAUCGACACCAAUUCAUUUUGUACUGUUAGACCGUAAAAUCGUAAAAAUGUGCGCGCAAAAUAUGAAAUAUUAUUAUUUAACAACGCUGUUGGUUCUCUUAGCUUUGUUUCACUCAGUCGAGUCGCAAAGUAAUGCACGUUACAGUCGGCGCAGACCAGCAUUAGGUAAUGCUAAAGAAUCCGUCGAAGAUGCAACGGAAAAGUCUGAGGGUGCUGCUGAUCAACUAGCACUCGCCGCUAGGCAUGUAGAUAAAAAUCCACAAAGACGCAGUGGCACCUAUGCUAGAGAUGGAGAUGAAUAUCCUUAUGGUAAUUUGGAAAUGAAUCUUAUACGUCCAGAGAGCGAACCGGUACACACACAGAUCACAGCCAAGUAUACGAGCACAUUAAGUGCAUCACGUCCCUACGAAUCAGGUUCAUUGGAAGACGCCGAAACUGCUGAGGAAUAUGUAGCUAAUGCCAUGAAGAUGCAACGUUAUGGCACACGUUUGCGCGAGCCCAUACGCAUACUGUCCACUGAAGAUGCGUUACAAGCGGGACCAAAGACGCCGUCACCACAAUCUAACGACGAGUCAGCCGACGAGAGAAAUGCUCCACCGCCGAGCAAUAUCAAAUUUGAGUAUUACCAUACUGCAUCACAACAACAACAGUUACAGCAACAGCAGUUACAACAACAAACGCCCCAACAUUUGGAUAAUAACCAUCAGACACUUUUGGAAGCACAAAUGCGUGCACAAUUGCAGGCGCAAAUCCAACAGGCCCAACAAGCGCAGCAGCAAGCGGAGAGUCAGCAACAACAACUCGAGGCACAAACGGAACGUGGUCAGGCAAUUGCUGUGGGGACUGUCCAUGAUGGCGUGCCGCAACAGGUAGCAUCUGCUUAUAAUCGAGACCAGGUAACGCGCUCUUACGAGGUUUAUGAUGACAGCAAUGCUUACGAAGCCAGUGUUGAAGCUGGUGCAAGUGGUGGUAGUGUUGUCACUGACGGUGAUGGCGUCGAUCGCCACUAUCGCACAAAAUAUCUCUUUCAACCAGCCUAUCAAGGAGUCAGCGUUGCGCCGGCAAAGCCCGAGCCAGAGCAGCUGCGCGGCUCUGCAUCAACGGAAAUACCCAAAGCGGAAAUAAUGAAGCAGAUCGAAAAAUCAGUGAUGAAAUAUAUGAAAGAGCUUGAAGCUGAAGGCAAGAUCGUCACUUCGCCGCAAGAGCCGAAAACAUAUUACAAAAUGGUGUCUGUACCAGUCGAAGAGAAGCAUAUUACAACGACAACAACACGUCCGAAACAUUCCGGCGCUACACCCGCGCUCAAUGCUGUGUAUACGAGUGGCAGUGAAAGUGGCAAUCCUUCAUUAGCGCCAGCAACUGGAUCAUCGCACCGUACGUCCACGCAUGACAGCAUUUCCGGUUACUCCAGUUCACGCCAUCACGCGCCCAAACAUCAGCUAAAGUCAACUCAACGCUAUCAAUCAGAAGCCGAGACUGCUUAUCGCGCACAAGCUGGCGCACAUCAGCCACAUGAGGUCGCCGAGGCACUGGCGCCAAAUGUUGAAUUUGUUUACAAAAUCAAGACACGCGCACCACUGCAAACGGCCACCGUCAAAACAAUUUCGAAACCAUAUACGUUGCCACUUAAAGGUACCUAUGACCAUUUCGAUCACGGCGCAGCGCUGAAACAUAUCGAGGACUUUGAUCUUUCGCAUGUGGUCACCACGCAAGAGCCCGAUGAGCGUCCAUCUUCGUUGAGUGCGAGUGUGACAAGCAAGCCAAAUAAGCUUUACUUUAACUCGGAAAUCUAUCACGAUAUUAACUCUUUACCAUUCAAGCACGAAAAAUCACGCACUCUGUCCACGGCUGGCGCUGGCACAGCAGCUGCCGAAUAUCGCAAACUAAAAGCUAGUAAUGGUGAAUUAAGCGUCGAUUACAAGGGUUACUCCGGUUAUUUUGCCGAACCUGGUGUACAAGCGGACACCUCCGAUGAGAAAGACACAAGCGCUGGAUCUAGCGCGCAGGUGUCAGAAGAUGGUUACCCCGUCAUGAAUCCCUAUCAGUACGUGCUGAAGAAGGAACCACUGCCGCAAAAGUAUGAAGAGCCCAGCUCCAGUUGGGUUGAAGCGCGUGCUAAGCCUUCAUACGCGGCAUUGAGCGCCUCACAGAAGGGCCUAGAAUAUGAUAGCUACAGUCCGAAAUUUAACAAUAAUCCUGAAGGCUAUGGCUAUCAGCACACAUACAAAGCGGAACGUGAACGCGAACGGGAACGUGAACCACAGCAUAGCGGGCACAAGUAUGCCGUUAGUCGCUUGCCUACCAGUGGUAACAGUAAGCGAGGUAAGCGCGGCGGUGGCUUACCAUAUCCGAAUGUAAAUAAGAAGGCGCUACGUAAUGCGGCCGUGAAAGAUAUUGAGGCGAACUUGGCGCUACGUCCGCCACCGAAAAAUUAACGGUAUAGGGUUGAUUUUUAUACAUGCAAUAAUUUUGAGUUUUUCGUUUAUUUAUUAAUUUAUCUUUUCAUUUUAUAUAACUGUCAUGGCACUGUUGUAUGCCCGUCUGCAGUUAUGCAACGAUAUUUCUACAAAUUACGUAUUACAUUUUAAAAUAUAUGCCAAUUUUCAAGUGCAAUGUUAGCUUAAGUAUACCAUAUAUUUAUAAUAAAAUAAUAACGGUAUUUAAUUGUGUUUCUAUUAUAGUAAAUAUUAUUAUUUAUAUCUAAACCGUUUUGUAUUUAUUUAUAUAAUAAACCAUUUAAAAUGUAAAAUUUUCGUAAUUUAGUUUAAUAUAAACGCCUAAAUGUAGAUUAUAGAGAGAAUUAGUGUUGCCAACUUUGGAUUUCAGACCAAAAUAAUUUGAUUCCCUUAAAAUUUGAAAGAAUUUGUACGAGCUUUUAUAUAAGAGCAUUCUGAAGAUCUGAUUUGUCUGAAGUAGGAUGCUUGAUAAUAAAUAAAUUCUAAUGCGAAAAGAGUGAAGGUUUUCCAUCAUGUGUUUACUUCACAUUUUAAAUUAUUACGGAAAAACUUCUUUCCGAAAUUAUAUUCUCCAC